UCUUGCAUCGAUACUAACCCUGAGCAAAGUAUUUAGCAGUUUACUGCCGGCUGACAGAUGCACAUUUCUGUCAGGUUUCUACUAUUUACUCCAGUCUGCUGCAGAGAAUGGCGAUCAUCCAACUUUUGCUGCUGACGGCGUUUGUUAUGACAAAUCUUCCGGAAUCCAAGAGUUUACCACAAGCAGCAAAAGAGAAAACAACAUGUGGGAUCCGUCGUCUGGACGCCUUUGACAUGUUGCUGACCUGCUACUUCCACGUCAACAUUAGUGCUCUCCAGAAGGCCUUCGAUGUGUAUAAACAACCAGACAUACGGGUGGUGGUAAGUUGCGACUGGUUUCAGGAGAUCUUCUGCUCCGUGGCCCCUGGGUACAAGUACGAGUACGACAUUGAUGUUUACCAUGAUCACACCAACGUCCGGAUACUCAACGCUAACACCGAGCAUGUUGGCAUGUACACCUGUAAGGUGAUGGGCGAAAGGGAUCGUGGAAUUUGCAGUCUCACCGAGGAACAAAUUUCACAGACUUUGCCGUCAGUCAUUCCGUACACAGGGCAGACCUCUAGGAUUAAUAACGUUCAUCGGUUUAUGCUCAACGGUGUUUACAACAGAACAGUGAGCGCCAGUGAGAACUCCCCAGUGGACAUGGAGUGUCAGUCGGACACGUGGACACCAACUCGCAUCAUCAGUGUGGUUGAUGGCGACCGUCUGCUCGCUAGUAAUGAGAUGCAGAAUGGACGGUUAAGAUACAUAAUAAAUAAAACUCGAUGUGAAGACACGGGUGACUACAGGUGUGAGUUUGCAAACACAACAGGACUAUUCUACUCUGUGACUGUCAGACUACUUGUUCCUUGUAGUCCGAGACUAAAAGGAGACGAAGGUCACUUUCCGUUUGUAGUCAUUAUUGAUAACGACGGUCAUUUGAGUUUGAACAUGACAGCAUAUCCAACACCAUAUGUCAAGGCAUAUUACAAACUCAACUCCAAUGAACCAAUUCAAGACAGAAUACAAACCACAUGUGCUGCUGAAAGUGAUAAGCCUGCAUCCAUCAUCUGUAACAUCACUGUCAUCAGUGUGACAAACGCUGAUGACGGCGCUCAGUUUAUGGUUCUUUUCAGCAAUAAUAUAGGAGAACUACCUUUCUCUUUCAGGAUCAGACUGAAUGACAUAGUGAAGUCUGAAUACACCAUGAAACUCCAGGUACAACUGAAAAGCUGGUUUUGACGUGGGGACAACUGGAUCACGAGUGGCAACUUUACCCCAGAGGCAGUGAGAAUACAAUCAGCAGCGUAGGUCUGUCCUCCUGGGGUAGUACAACAGUCAUGUGGCACCGUGAUUACACAGGUAGAGGCGCUUGGGUGGUGUGUGGUGUGUGCGUGGUGUGUGUGUGUGUGGUGUGUGGUGUGAGUGUUUGUUGUGUGUGUGUGGUGUGUGUGGUGUGUUUGGUGUGUGUGUUUGUUGUGGGAUGUACAGUUAUUUGUUUAUGUCUGCAGGCGGUCAACUUCCAUGAUGUUAAAAUGCAAGUUGGUUUAAAAAUAGUUGUUGUACUGAGAUGUUCAGGAAACAGAUCUAAAGGUUGUCACAAGUUAAGAAAAAUGUCUUGCUAUCCUCUAAUGAUAAUGUGACCUUUAAUUAUUGCACCGGAGGUCUUGCAGCUCUUACUAUUCUUACAGAGUAUUUAUAAAACAACCAUUUAAUGUUGCCCGGUGUGUUCCAUUACUUCUAGUCUAAUUAACAUUAGUGUGAUCAGUUCUAAUCUGUUUCAGACUUCCUGUACUGUCCGGAAUCAUUUUACAAAAUUUCAGCUGACUUUAAUUGUUUCUCAGGAGAUGAGAUAGUGGGAUGCACAGACCAUUAAAUGUUUGUGAUAAUAUUUAAACAUUAGGAGGUGUAUUUAAAACAAACAGCAAAGAUCUUGAGGUGAAUGGUGAUACAGUCUGAUUUCCUACAGCAUGUCACAUUAUGAGCUUGAAAAAUUGUAAAUAUUUAUCAUAAAAAGGUAACGUGUAAUUAAAGUGUUUUGAAUUAUGAAGAAAUAAGUAGAUAUUGAAGUUUUUUCCAGUAUUUUUAAGGAAUGAAAAGAUUUUAAGAUAAACUCAUAGACAAAGUCAUGCUUGUAUCGAGAAGCUGCUGUGUAAAAACUGUCUUAGUUAACAUAAAAUGUUUUGUGUACAAUUGUGUUGUUUAGGUGUGUAAAACCACUCAAAUAAAGUUUUUCUUGUGUCCAUCACAUCGCUAGUUAAAGGAAAAUAAUUUCCCUUUCUGGCAUGUUGUGUACAGGGAGAGAACCAGCAUUACUUUCCACAGUAAGGGAAGCAAUCAGCUUUAUACAGUUGACUGUAUGAAAGGUUUAUACCAAGAAAACUGUCCAUGAUGUCUAAUGAUAAUGUUUUUAUUGAUAUAAAAUAUAAGUACAUUUUGCUGCUACUAAAAACUAAUGUCAAGCUAGUGCUGUAUGUGCAAGACUGACAUUAAAAUAAGACUGAUAAAUAUAUUACUGCAGUACGUGUUUCAUUCCUUUGAGCUUAUUGUUUAAUUAUUAUUUUUGUAUGCCUCUGAUAUCAGCUGUAAAUAUUCUCACCAUGCAGCACAUCUUGUUGAUAGUGAUGAUAGCUAUCACUUUUUGCUUGCAAUGAUCCAACUGAUGGAUACAGAAGCAAUACCACAAUGAUAAGAAUAUAUUGCUGUCUUUCCUUCUUCCUUCUCAGCUCCCCGUACAUUAAAAAACCUCCAUAGUCAAUGAUUUCUGUAAGUUGUCCACCGUUCGCUUUCUUUCUUAAUUUCUCUUCCAUAUUUUCUUUCUUCCUCGUGACCUCCCCUUCCUCUUUCGUCGUCUUUCUUCUCUAUAGCUCACAACGGAUCUUGUUAUCUAAAUUAAUCUGUUGCUUAAUCUUAUCGGAUUGCCAUCUUUUUCCAGAUAUUUGGUCUGUUCACAUAAAGUAACAAAAUCGUAACUGCUGGUGAAAAGCGAGAAUGUGAAUACCAAAUAACGGGGAAAGUAUGGUUUUCCCUCCGUUAGUGGCAGGUCUAAGGAGCAGAAAAAAGGUCGAGACAAGGACAACAUGAAGACAGUGGUGCUCUGACAAUUGGUAAUGUGAACGUGAUCACUGGACAUACUAGAAUUGAGAAUUCUGUUGAAAAAAGUAAUAUUUAUCUUUUUUCAGUAGGUAAUUGUUAUAAUAGUAAAUACAAUGUUGUUUCAACAGUCGUAUUAAUGGCGAAGCUGUGACUUAAUGAGCAGCUGAGGCAAGCCAGGAAGAUGAAAGUGUCGACUUGAUGUUUAUCAGUCUUGCUCUGCCAGUUUCUACUUUGUUCAAAAUGUCCUGAAGGGUGGAACUGGGGUAUCAUGGCAGACUACAUAACCACAGGCUUCUGAUAUUUUGCUGUAUCUUAUCCGCAUGUAUGUGUGUGAUGACUGAUGCUCUGAAUGCAUGGUUCAGGAAGGUGACUAAGUGUGAAGAACCGGCUUAUUACACAUAGUGUAAAAUAAACAAUUAAUUUUCCUCCAGAAUGAUUGCUCUACUGCUAGUAUGUUAUAAUAGUUCAUUUUCAUCAGUUAGGGUGAUUUCCUCUUGAAUUUAGUAAGUUUAGACUGAGUUUUGUUGAAUCCCAUUAUCAAAAUUGAUGCCGUUCAAUGCAAUUUCAUCGACUGAUUCUUCUGAUAAUGUAAACUGCGACUGAAAUCGUUCCUGCUUACAUUCUUUGCAAAACCAUGAUCACUUCUAUGAAAAUUGUCGAAUAUGUUGUAACAGUUAUCCCUGGGUUCUUCAAUUCACUAG